ACGGAUGGUUUUCUGGAUGAUGAAGAGUUCAUUGUUCUUUACGAUUAUUACCAACCCGUUAAUCCUUCAUUUCCGUACUGGAAUUUUGAUCCAUUCUGUUUGGAUGUGUUCGACUCUUGCGAGUGCGAAGCUCACUUCAGGGUGGCCAAGGAUGAUAUUCCGAUGUAAUUGAACGCAUUGCGGAUUCCGGAGAGUUUCAAGUGCCCACAGGGAACAGUUUGCAGUGGCUUAGAAGGACUUUGUUUACUGCUAAAACGACUAGCAUACCCAUGCCGCUAUUUCGAUUUAAUUUCAACUUUUGGACGUCCGGUGCCAGAGCUGUGCAUGAUCGCUAACACUGUACUUGAUUGGGUUUUUAAUGAACAUGGGUUUCGUUUAACCUCUUGGAAUCAGCCAUUUCUUACCCCUGCUUGCCUUCAAGAAUACGCCUGUGCUAUAGCAAGACAAGGAAGUCCACUUACCAAUUGUUUUGGUUUCAUUAACUGCACGGUUCGCCCCAUAUGUCGCCCUGGAGAAAAACAGCGCGUUGUAUACAACGGGCACAAGCGUGUUCAUGCGCUAAAAAUUUCAAUCCGUAGUAGUGCCAAAUGGUUUGAUAGCAAAUCUUUAUGGUCAAGGGGACGUCCUAUGUCUCUAUGGAGACCCAGCUUACCCUCUUCGUCCUCAUUUAAUGGCCCCUUACCGAAUAGGGAGGUUCCAGUAUUUACAGCCGAUAUGGAAGCAUUUAACUCAGCAAUGAGUUCUGCUAGAACUUCGGUGGAAUGGCUAUUUGGCGAUAUCUCCAACUCGUUCAAGUUCUUAGAUUUCAAGAAAAACUUAAAGUUAGGAUUAAGCGCAGUUGGAAAGCAAUAUAUAUAG